CGUCUUCUUUUCUCUGCAUCUGGCACCUGCCAUGUCUUCAUCAUCUAAGUAGUAUGAAACAGCCAGGAUUCAAAUUCUUCUUCUCCUGGUUCUGGAGGGUCACUGCCUGAGAACACUCUCAGUUUUCUGUAUCUCAGGUACCGCAGGGCGGGCCGAAGAGCCUCCUCUAAUGCCUGCGCCAACACAGGGGCCUGUAUUUCUGGGAUCGUGUCCUGUCCUAGGUCAAAAGGGUCGUUUCCGUAUCCAAGAGCUCUGGUCAACUCCCCCAACGUUGUGCCCUCUCCCUCUAAGAAUUCAUUUAAUCUGCUUAAAAAUUCAUUAUUCAGGUCUGGGGGCUUAAAGAUCACUCUCCGGACACCCCUUUUCCGGGUAUCUCCUUAGGGACUAGAGCACGAGUCGUCUCCUCCGUCAGCCCUACUAAGGCUACAUUCCUGCUCUCAUCCCGCCGGCACAUCCUCCCGAGCAGUCUGUACCCGCCCAUCGGCGCCAAACCAGCCCGCAGAGCCUCCUCGGUUCCUGCCACAGUGCAGGUCGGGGGGAUGCCGGCAACCAACAGCGCUUUCCGAGGGCUCACAUCCAUCCCCCCGCACCAGGCUUCUAAGAGCCUCGGCGUCAUGGUGCCCCAAACAACAGAUUUAAAUUCUAAUGCGGCCGGGGCACCGAUGCCGCCGCAAUGCACGGCGUUUCUCCGCGGCACCCCGGGCACAGAGCAUGGAGAAUGAUGAACUUCCGUCAGAGGAUGGGAUGGAUUGGAGUGGGAUUGUAUUUGUUAGCAAGUGCAGGAGCAUUUUACUAUGUUUUUGAAAUCAAUGAGACUUACAACAGGCUGGCCUUGGAACACAUUCAGCAGCACCCGGAAGAGCCCCUUGAAGGAACCACAUGGACACACUCCUUGAAAGCUCGUUUACUCUCCCUGCCUUUUUGGUUUUGGACAGUUAUUUUUCUGAUACCUUAUUUACAGAUGUUUUUGUUCCUUUAUUCUUGUACAAGAGCUGACCCCAAAACGGUGGGCUACUGUAUUAUCCCCAUAUGCUUGGCAGUUAUUUGCAAUCGCCACCAGGCAUUUGUCAAGGCUUCUAAUCAGAUCAGCAGACUACAACUGAUUGACACCUAAAAUCAGUCACCAUUUUUUCCUUACAGUUACAAAACUGCCAGUACUAUAUGGAGCCUGAUCACAAGACUGCAGUUUGUUCACAGAUCUCAGGAAGUUGUGGUGGGGCAGAGGCUUUCUAAAAAGUGUGACUAGGGGGCUAUCUUUAUCUGAAUAAUAAUGAAUUUUUAAGUGAAGCCUGAGAUACAGUACUACAAAAUCAUGUUGAUGACUUCAGAUUUUGGAAGUAAAAUCGUGUCUGUUAUUUGCAUUCUUUAGAAACUUGAAUAAGUACCUGAACUAUUUUUAUUCUACUGUGCAACAUAGUGAUGAUUCAGAAAUUUUU